AUGGGUAAGGCGGGCAAGGGCAAGGGGCCGCCGCCUGCACCCUCCGCACAUAAGGCCCCCUCCAAAGGCAAGGGCAAAGCUGCCUCUGGGCUCGGUGCACCCAGCAAGGCCGAUGAAGGCACGGCUUGGUGGCACAACGCACGGCUGCAGCAUGAAGAUGGCCACUGGGAAGCCGAAGCAUUGAUGAAUGGCCUGGGCUUGGACAUCGCAUAUCCCCCAUCCUCACCUCAACGCGAGGCAUUGAUUGCAGAAGGCCCAUUCCUGGCAACAAUCAUGAUGCUGGAGAUUGGGCGCCGGAGCAUGCAAAUGUUUACAGCAUAUGCCGCGAAGCCCAAGCAAGUGGUCGACAUCAAGUUGGGUGAUGGCCGCGGAAAAGCGGAUGAAGUUGUCGUGACGCAUGUAGAACUCACCGAGGAAGAGAAGCAAGAACGCUUGGCGGGCUUGAGCGAGUUCGCGGAACGAUGCGGGCUCCGAGCAGAUUGGGAAGAGCGUGCGCAGCGGUGGCUGGAGAAACAUCCAAGAGCAGCGUCUCGCGCCUGUGUGGAAGAGCUUGCUUCUGCAGAGCUCCGUCUUCGCUUUACACAUAUAGGAGACAAAAGCCCCAAACGCACGGAGAAGAGAGCCACAUCUGAGGAGAGACGAAAGCGGGAAGAGCUGAAAAGAGAGAAAGAAGCCGCGAUGCUGGCAAAGGAAGAGGCAGCCGUGGCCAAACGAAAUGAAGUCAUGAACCAUUUCAGAAGCUUGAUCCCCGCGGACAUCAACAAUGUUGCUUGGUCCAAUGCCAAAGGCUUCCACUUGAUGGAAGGUGGUAGCGGCGGAGUGAUGCUUGUUGAUUUAGGCACCUCCUGUGUCGUUCUUAAGUCUCAGGGCAAGACUGCAGCCAGCGAGAUGAUGGCGCAAAAGGUCGCGGAUGUUCUUGACGUGCCAAUAGCUCAUGUGCGUGUAGUAAGUCGGGGACAGGAGGAGUUUCAGGACAUCCAGACAAGCCUUAUCAAGCACUUCGAUGGCGACUGGCGACAAGCAGAAUUCAUCGGCAUUUGGGAGAAUGCAGAUGGCACCAGGGAGGAUGUUGGCGUGUCGUUCUUCGGGGUUUUGGAGUUCGCACAAGGGCACGUACUCAUGGGCCGAGAGGGUCAUGAUGCUCUUCAAGCUUCAAUUGCUCCAGAGCCCAAGUUGAUGUAUCAGCUUGGGCGGCUCUGCGCAAUGGAUGUCUUGAUCAAUAACCUGGACCGUGUUCCGUUACCAGUGUGGCAGAACGAAGGUAACCUGGGCAAUGUCAUGGUGACGGGUCAUGGCGGUGCCAUUUUGGGAAUUGAUCAGCAAAUCAAUCUGGUGAUGUCGGGAAGCGGGCUGGACAUGUACCUGGAAAAGGUUGCGAAGCUUCUUGUAAACUGCUCACCCAAAGGAGACCCGAGCAUGAUCACGGCCAAGUUGCGCCGAGCUUUGGAGGAGAACUGUGGAGCUUCGAUCAGUGAUGACGCAGCUGCUGACUUCAUCUAUGGUCUGCGGCAGGGCUUGGAAGGCAUCGCACAUCAAUGGAGACGAGGCUCCCUGAAGAAGGCACUUGAAGAAGGCCUUGAGACGUGUUUGGCGACCUUCAUUCUUGACGGGCUUGACAUGAAACAUCUCGUUGCCCAGCCGCAGCUGAAUACCUUGGAUGCCAUGUGUGACUUUGUAUGUACAGUGGCCGAGAGCAUUUCCCAGCACAUCCCCGACUGA